AUGGAGCCAGAAACGCCCUCUGCCGACGACGGCCUCGUGCCAGCGCCUCUCUCGAAAGCGAAUCCCCCCUACCCCCUCGCACCGGGCGAAGAGCUACCGCCCACGAUUCCUGCUGCAUCAGCACCGAAUGGCUAUCCUACGGGCGCCAGCAGCACCCCCGCCGCCAAUUUUAAGACGUCAGAUACAGCAGCCCCGCACAAAGACGACGAACUGCUCGACGAAUCGGACUACAGCGACGAGGAGUGGGACAAGUCGGACGAUGACGACAUCUGGGACGACCCCAGCCCGGGAGGCGUGCCAGACUCGCUGAGACCUGCGGGAGGGAAGGCGCCGGCCGUAACAUCGAACACACAAGGCACUCUCCCAGAUGCUUUGAGGCCUGGUCCCCCACUGGGCGUGCCCAUCAAGAAGUCCUGGGAGAACAUCUCGCCCAUGGCGACCGGAGCCAGCGGCAUUUCGUACGGCGGCGUGAGCACUAUUUCAAACGACGGCUCGAGUGGCUCUAUACCUCUCAAGACCAACAAUCCGUACCUCAAAAUGCAGACGACCGGGCAGAGCACGUUCGACGGCGAUAAUGUCUGGGGGGAUUCACAGGGGCAAUCUCAGCGCUUCGAGCCAGUGGAGCUUCCUGCUUUCCAGUCACCGUCUACACCCACGAACCACAUGGCAAACCUGGGCCUCCACAACAAUACGGCUCAAACACAAAGACAACAGUUUGUUGAACAGCCGCCUGUGCUCGCAUACGAGUCCGCUACCCCUCAGACCGAGCACCCCAGAGAUGAUUCUCCCGGUGCCAACCCGUGGAGCACUGCUACAGGAACUGCGCCACUAAAUCAACGACCUGAAACCACAACAUACGAGGCACCUCAAAAAAUUCAGCAAGAGCCGGAUGUUUGGCACCAAAGUGCGCCCGCCAUUGCAGCAGAUUUCAAUGAGCCAAAACAAGCGGUUCCAGAUCAUUCCCUCCAGCAGCAGCAACUCUCUGACUACCCGGCCCAGCGUUUCGAAUCAACCGCCCAAUCUACGCCACCACAUGCCGAGCAGGACUUCGCAGCGCCGACUCUUCAGCCAGCCUACGCGCCUCCUCCUAUUCCGCAGUCGCAGCCACCCCCUGUCCCUCACAUUCAGGAUCAGCCGCAGCAGAUCUCUCCACAGCAACCACCUGCACCAUCUGAAGAUGAGCCGCGGCCACCGCUCCCACCGCGCAGACCGACAGAGGAGGAGCCACCUGCAUAUCCUCCGCGACCGAUUGAGACGGGUGUCAUCGCGGCCGCAUCUCCGGUGCCCGAGUCGCCAAGCACUGCUAUGAACAGGCAAAGAAGAGAGCAUUACCAGAUCAAGCAUAUUCGAUGGCACGACGUUAAUAAGCCAGGCCUUCGCACAUCGCCGAUUCUUACACAGAACUUGAAUGGACCGUGUCCCCUACUAGCUCUGGUGAAUGCACUCGUGCUCUCGACUCCAUCUGGGAUUGAUACCGCUUUGGUGGAAACAUUAUGUACACGUGAGCAGGUCAGUCUUGGUCUUCUGCUCGAUGCUGUGUUCGAUGAACUCAUGUCGGGCCGUCGAGGUGAUGCAGCUCAAGAGCUUCCGGAUGUUAGCGACUUGUACAAGUUCCUCCUCGCCCUCCACACCGGUCUGAACGUCAAUCCGAUGCUGGUACCUGAUACUGAGAACACUCGCGGUAAUGUUGUGCCUGCCAACCCCCUUGGAGCCAAAGCCGGAAGCUUCGAGAAUACACCGGAUAUGACUCUGUAUCGUACGUUCGAUAUUCCGCUAAUCCAUGGGUGGCUUCCAGAAGAAGGUUCUGAGGCAUAUCAAGCUUUCGAGCGCGUGGCGAAGUCAUACGAAACAUCACAAUACGUCCAGUUCCAAGAGGAAGAGCUGGACGCGAAAUUGCAAUCCGGAGAGCCCUUGACAGACAGUGAACAGCAGAUGUUUACUGAUAUUCACGCCAUCAAAGAGUUCCUGAGCAGAUGGCCUACACAACUGACAGAUCAUGGUCUAAAGGUCAUGAAAGACAGCUUACAACCCGGCCAAGUCGCCAUUCUCUUCCGCAAUGAUCAUUUCUCUACCUUGAUCAAGGACUCUCGAACACAAAAUCUUGUGACCCUAGUGACAGAUCAGGGCUAUUCUACACACGAUGAGAUUGUGUGGGAGUCGUUAGUCGAUGUCAACGGUAUGGGGAGUGAGCUCUUCUCGGGCGAUUUCCGGCCUGUUGGAAAUCACGAUUCCGCCCCCCAGCAAGCAAUCCAGCAACAGGAGCAGAGACCAGUCAACGACAACGGUCAGGGCUGGACGACUGUACCGACUCGCCGACCGGUCCAGCAGCAAUCAGCUCCAACCUCCGAGCCUGCUGCUCCGGCCGAAGAACCAACUUCGCCUACUGGUCUGAGUAGAGCUGAACAAGAAGACCAUGAUCUGGCUUUGGCACUCCAGCUUCAAGAAGAAGAAGAGGACCGUGAGAGACGCGAGGCUGAACAACGUGUGCGUGACAACCAGGCGUCCGAAAACGCGAUAGCAGCGCAAGCACGCGAACGCCCUGCUAAUCGCAGGGCUUCGCGUCCUGGAGAGCAGCCACCAACGAUUCCACCGCGCCGCAACAACAUCACGGGCUAUAGGCCUAAUGAAGGCCCAGCUCCACCGCCAACCUACGAAGAGGCUUCAACGGCUCCGCAGUACAACCCUCCUGCUGGUCACCCUGCGAAUCCGAAUGCUCCGCUGCCCGGCCAAGGCAGUGCUUAUCAGCUCAACAGCGCUUCCGGGGCUGGUCCCGGAGCCGGCCCCUCCGGUAGACGGUUCUCUGGCAGACAGCAGGCGCCAGGCUCAAACAUAGGAAGGCCUGGAAGACGCCAGAGCGCUGGAGUGGUGGGCCCGAACGGCGAGGAGCGUGAAAAGUGCGUUGUCAUGUAG